AUGCCCAGUGAAACCACGACUAACAAAGUAUCAUUAUCCACAAAACCAACAGAAUCAAGAUGGUUGGCUAUAGCUAAUUUACCUGAAACGGCUACUGAAGAUACAAUCAAAGAAUGUUUUAAACGACAUGGCCGUGUUCAAUCAGUUAGAAUUGAUGAUCAACGUUUUGCAUUUGUUGCUUUUUUGGAUGUACGUACAGCAUCAAAAGCACAUAAUGCUGAAAAUAUUCUCGAUGAAAAACGUUUACGAACAGCAUUUCAUGAUGGUUCUAAUUCUGUACCAAAAGCAUUAUUAGAACCUUGUCCACAAUUAAUUCAACCAUUGUCAACUUCAAAUAUAAUAUUAUCUGAACAACCAUCACCAUUGAUUUCUUCGACAAUUGUUGAACCAUCAUCAUCAUCAUCUUCGUCUUCAAAUACAUCAAAUAUAACAACAGUGACAAAUUCAUUAUCGUCUAAAACGAUAAAUGGUGAUCGAGAUAAACGUAUAUCACGUACACUUGAUAGUCCUGAUGAAAAUGUUCGACAUCAAGUUGUACCUGUUAAACGUGAUUCUGAUUCAUCAGGAAGUAAGAGAAAAACAUCGUCGACAAAAAAUUCAAAAACAACAAAUAGUUCACAUUCAACAAUACAAAAACCACCACGUCGAAAACAUGAAAAUUCAUCACCAUCAUCAUCAUCUUCAUCAUCAUCAUCAGAAUCCGAAAGAUCGAGUGAUGAUAGUAUUUCAUGUAAAAAUCGUCGUCGUAAUCCAACUAAAACUCAUUCAUCAUUAAAUGAUGGAAUGGGUAAAACAAAAAUAUUAAAAAUUUAUCAUUUACCAUCAAAAACUUCUAAAGAAUCAUUACGCGAAUCACUAUGGAAUUUAUUUGUUGAUUUUAAAAAAUCAGGUCGUUUAUUAACAGUUAAAAUUGAUGGUGAACAUGAAUCACGUUAUGCUUUAUUAACAUUUAAAAAAUCUGAUGAUGUUGAUAAAGCAUUAACAUUUGCAAUAGCAAAAACUUUAUAUGGUGUUAGAUUAAAAGCUGAACCAUACGAUGGAAUUAUAAAUGAAAAUGAUGAAUGUGAUAUAAUGAAACGUACAAUAUGUUCAGAUCCUGAUAUUGAUGAAUAUUCUAUAAAAGCAACACGUACUUUAUAUAUAGGAAAUCUUCAAUCAGAAAUAUCUUAUAAUGAAUUACGUGAAACAUAUUCAGCAUAUGGUGAUAUUAUUGAACUUGAAAUAAAACGUCAAACACAAUCUCCACAUCAAUUACCAUUUGCAUUUGUACAAUAUGCUGAUAUUAAAAGUGUUGUUAAAGCAAUGAAAGCUUUUGAUUCAAAGCUUUCACGAGAUCAUUCAAUUAAAUUGGGAUUUGGUAAAAGUCAACCAACAAAUGUACUUUGGCUUGAUGAUUUACCAUUAAAUGUAACAGAAUCUUCAAUACGUACUUUUAUAAGUCGUAAUACAAAUUUAUUGACUUGUGAUGUUGUUGAUAUAUUUAUUGAUAAUCGUAACAGUCAUAAAAGUCAAACAGCACAAUGUUUAAUUUAUUUUACUGAAACUCGUGUUGCACAAGAAGCUAUUAAUUCAAUACGUGGAAAAAGACUUGAUUCAAAAAGAAUACAAAUAGAUUUUGCUAGUAAAGUAUUUGUUACAAGAUUUUCGGAUAUUAUUGAAGAAACUAGUCAUAAAAAAAAUUAUGGUGGUUAUCCACCUGAUGCAACUUAUCAUGCAGAAUCUCGAGUUGUAUCAAAACGUAACGGUACAACACGUGAAAUUGUUCCUGAAACAAUUCAAACAUUUGAUACAGCAUCUACGCGAACAAAUAGUAGUGAUCGAUGGUCCAAUGCAUAUAAUAAUAGUAAUCGAUCGCAACAUAAAGGUGAUUCAAGACAUUCAUCUGAUCGUCGACAUUCAAAAGAAUAUGGUAAAGGAACAAAUAGUACAUUAAUAUCCAUUCCAUCAGUUGAUAAUGGAACAAUUUGUGGUUCAUCAUUAAAUGCUCGACGACAUCGUUUAUCAACUUCAUCAAAAGAUAGUCUUUCAAAUAAUCUCUCAUCCGGUCGAAAUCCUCAUCGUAGUAGUCAUAUUCGUCAUCAUGCAUCAUCAACAUCAUCUUCAUCUUCAAGAUCAUCAUCAACAUCAAGUCAUAGUUCAACAAGUACAAAUAGUCUUGAACAUCAUUCAAAUUCACAUCAAAAACAUCAUACAAAUAAACAUACACAUAAAUCAUCAAAAAAACCAUCAAAAUCUUCAAUAAAUAAUAAUAAUAUAAAAAUUUCAUCAGGAAAAAAAUCUUCAUCAAAUAAAGAACAUACAAUUAAAUCAUCAUCAAAUCGUUCAAGAUCAAUUAAAUCAGAAAAAGAUAAUGAUUCAUCAAUAAUCAUUCCAACAUCUCAACAACAACCAAAUCCAGUUAUUCUUCCAAGUUUAACACUUGAAGAUCAAUUUGAAACAAUAAAAAAAGAUUCAACAACACCACCACAACCACCACCACCACCAUUAUCAUCAUCACAAUUACCAAAACAACAAACAACAACAACAAUUCAUUCAUCAUCAUCACCAAAAGCACCAUUAAAAAAUACUGAACGUGUUUUUGAUUGGCUUAUGCAAAAUCAUUUACAUGAUAGUAAUAGUUCAAUGGGCUUAGAUCAAAAUGAUGAUGAUGAACAUACAUUAAAACCAAAACCAGAUGAUGAUAGUCUUGAAAAUGUUAGUGAUGAACAAACAUCAAAAACAUCACCACCUAUUGAAACAAAUAAUUUAACAUUAACAACAAAUAUGAAAUCAUCAUCAUCAACAUUAAUAAAAAAUUCUAAAAAUGAAAAAUCUUUAUUAACAUCAGCAUAUCGUUUACAACCAAUACGUACAGGUAAUAAACGUGAUGAACAAAUUGAUAAUAUAAUAACAAAUGAUAUUCAUUUAUCACCAACACAAACAUUAACAACACCACCACCACCAACAACAACAACAACAAUAAUAAAAGAUGAGUAUGAUAAUCAUACAAAUCAUCGUCGUUUACAUAAAACAAAAUAUCAUUUAUCAACAAAUCAUACAAAAACAAUUCCACUUGAAACAAUAUCAUCAUAUGAUCAAUUAGAUGUACGUUUAAGAAGUUAUCCAUCAUUAUUUAAUGAUCAUAUUGAAUCAAUACGUUUACCAUUUCCACAAUUUGCAUUUGAACAAGUUAAAACUUCAACAACAUCAUCAAAUGUUCUUGUUGUACUUAAUCCAAAAGCACAUUUAAAACAUUCAUCACUUGGUUUAAAUAAUCCAUCAUCAUCAUCAUCAUCAAUACCAACAAAUACAUUAACAUCAACAAUAACAACAAAAUAUGAUCUAUCUAUGGAUACAAAUCUUCUUAAUAUUAAUAAUAAUAAUGAUGAAGAUUUAUCAACAACACGUAUACCACUUGAUGAACGUAUUAGAUUAUUAGAUAAACAAAUGUAUGAAAUGAAUCAUGGACAACAACAAAAAUCAACAACAACAUCAUCAUCAUCUUCGUCAUCAAGUUCAUCAUUAUCACCAGCUAUACUUAUUGAACAACAAAAUUUAAAACCAGUAAUAACAACAACAACAACACCAACAACAACAACAAUAACACCAUCAUCAACAAUAACAAAUACAAAUGCAACAGCUAAAAGUGUUAAUGAACUUGUAUCAACACUUUCAGCAUCAACACCAUCAACAACACUUGCACAAUGUAUACAAGCAGCACGUGCUGCUGCAUUAAAUGCACAACCAACACAAACAAUAUCACCAUCAAAAACAACACCAACUAUAUCAACAACAUCACCAUUUCAUUAUCCAAUUACAUCUAUACCAACAUUAAAUUUAAAUCAUCGAACUAUUUCUGCUACAUCACCAUCACCAACAAAUAUAUCAGUAUUAACACCACCACCGCCACCACCUCCACCUCCACCACCAUUUACAAGUUUACAACGUUUACCAGAUCCAUCAUCAAAUUCAAUAUUAACAACAUUUCAUGCUGCUAUUGCUCAAACACCAUUUGCAACAAAAUAUAAUUCAAUGUCAUUUGCUACUACACUUCAUCCUCCACCACCACCGGUGCCAGCUUCACUCAUAUCACCAUCACUUAAUCUAAAUCCUACAUCAACACAUAAUACACCAUCAUCAAAUAAUAAUCUAAUUCCAACAUUAAAUUGUCCUCCAUCAUCAUCAUCAUCAUCAUUACCUAGUCGUUCGAAUUCAACAAAUCUUUUAAGUCCACCAGCAUCUAAUAUUUCAUCUAUAUCAUCAUUUCCAGAUUCAUCAAUAAAUUCUCCAAGUACAUCAUCAGCUAAAAUUCUUGAACGUCUUGGUCCAUCAGCUAAAGUUAAACGUAAACCAAUUCCACCACCAUUAGCUGUUAAUACAACAUCAACAAAUAUUAAAGAUUCACCUAUUUUACCAUCACCUGAAUCAACAACACCAACAAAUACAGGAACAAAUAUACAUCAUUCACCAGUAACAAUAUCAUCACCUGUACUUCAACAUCAAACAUCUAUUGGUUUAAAAUCAAUAUUAAAACAACGUUCAUUAUCAAAUCCAUCACCAACAUCAUCAUUAUCACCAACAAAUGAACGUAAAUCAUCAACUAAUUAUGUAUCACCAUUAGCAUCAAAUGAAAUACGUUCAACAUCACAAAUAAAUAAUCGUUCAACAUCAAUUGAAUCAACAACAAAACGUACACCACCAACAACACCAACAACACCAACAAUAAUAACAAAUGAAAAGAAAAAAUCUCUUAAUCAACAAGAUACAAAUAUAUUUACAAAUGAUAUUGAUGAACGUCAAACAGAUGAAAAAAAAUCUACAUGGCGUACACCACCACAAACAACAAAACAAACAUUAUCAAAUGAUACAAAAAAGCCAACAUUAGAUAAAAUUCCAAAAAAAUCUUCAGCAAUAUCAACAACAACAACAACAACAACAACCACAAAACCAAAUGUAAAUGAAUCAAUAAAAUCUACAACAAAAAUAAUUAAAACUACUAAACAAACACAUGUUCCAACACUUGGUUCAAAAGUUCCACAAUUAACACUUGAACGUAUAGAUCCAAAAACUUUAAAAACAACAACAACUGGAUCAAUUGAAAAAUCUAUAAAUAAAUCUUUGAAAUUAAAACGUACACAUAUUAUUCAAAGUGAUAGUGAUACAGAAAAAAAAACAAAUGAUAUACAACAUAAAACAAAAAAAUCUUUAUUAAAUAAUGAAAUAACAAAACGUAAACAACAACAUCAACAAAAAAUAAUAACAACAAAAAACAAAAAUCAAUUAAUUAAAACUAAAAAUAAAAUUUCAACAAAUACAAAUAAAAAACAAACAAUUACAGAAAUACAUUCAUCAGCAUCAGAUAAUGAUGAAAAAAAACUUGAACAAACAAUUAUAAAUUCUGAUCAUGAACAAACAUCAACAGAUAAUGAUGAAAAAAUUAAAAAAGAAAUAAUAAUUAAUAAACGAACGAAAAUAACAAAUAAAAAUAAAUUAAAAUCAACACAAAAUCAUAAUAAUUGGAGAGAAUUAUUAAAACAAGAUACUAGUAUGUAUGAUAGAAUUAAAAAACGAGCAAGAAGUGAACAAACACGACAUAGUUCAUUAUCAACAAGUGAAGGUCAUUUAUCUGAUGAAAACAGUGAUGAUGAUAGUAGUGAUGAUGAUAAUGAUGAUGACGACGAUCAAAUGCCUACUCGACCAGUCAAUAUUACACCAAAACGACAUAAUGUUAUGAUGAGUGAUUCAUCCGAUUCUGAAAUUGAUAGAUCUUCAAAAGCUAAAACUAAAAUAUCAACUGCAUUCGAUAAUAAUGUAUUCGAUGCUGAAGAAAGUGAUGAACCAACUAAACCAAUAAUUCAUAAAAAGAAAAUAAAUCAACAACAACAACAACAACAACAACAACAACAACAACAAACACAACAAAUAAAAAAACCUUUAUUAAAAACAAAUAGUGAACACAUAAAAAAAGAAAAAUUAUCUAAAAUUAAUAAUGAUGAACAAUCAAUAACAACAACAAAAAAGAAAUUAUCUACAACAAAGACAAUAGAUAAAAAGAAAUUAACAGCAAAUUCAAUAAAAUCAACAUCAAAAAUAUCGAAAACAACAAUAUCAACAUCAAAACGUCCAUCAACUGAUGAAUCAAAUGAAUCAACUAAAAAACUUAAACUUGAUGAUGAAAAAUCUAAAAUAAUUUCAAUUGAAGAACAACCACCAUCAAUCAUAAUUUCAAAUGAAUUAGAAAUAUCUCAAACAAAUAAAUCUUCAAUUAUUCCUACAUCAUUAUCCGAUGAAACAUCAACAAAUGAACCAAAAAUUGAUGAAUCAUCAACAGAACUACAAUCUCAAACAACAACAACAACAACACCAACUAAAUUUGGUAUUGUAUUUACUAGUCAUCAUCGUCAUUCAACAACAACACCAUCAUCAUCAUCUAUUCAAACACAAUCAACUGAAACAUCAAAAAAUGAUGAUGAAAAUAUGGAGAAUGAUAAUGAAUCAAUAUCUAUACAUAAUAAUGAUAUAACUAUAAAAGAUGAACCAAUAAUAUCAAAUACAAAUACAUUAAAACCACCACCAACAAUAACAACAACACAACCACCAUUAAGUGAUGAUGAAACACUUAAUCCUGAAACAAUGCAACUUAGUGAUUUAAUUAGUACACGUAUACGUGAAGGAAUAAAACCAAUGCAAUCUCGUUCAACAACAAAAACAACAGGUAAAAGUAAACGAACAUCAAAACAAGAUACAUCAUCAUCGAAUAAACGUCAACAAACAAAAACAAAUUCUAAAAUUAUACAAUCUAUAAUAUCAAAUGAAAAAGAAUCAGAAUCAAUAGAUUCUAAUCAAUUAUCAUCUAUAGAACAACCAGUAUCGAUAUCAACAAAUAUAAAACAUUUAUCAACAACAGAAUCUUCAUCUAUAUCAUCUCCAAUUAAUGAUAAACGUUUACGUAAAAGUACAGAUGAUUCAACAGUACAGUUACAAAAUAAAAUUGAAUCUAAUGAAAAUCUUUCACAAACAACAACAGCAACAACAAAUAUACAAACGAAAGAAGAUACUAUUGAAUCAACAAUAUCAUCUGAAAAUAAUAAACAAGAUAUUCCUCCUCCACCACCACCAUCAACAAUAACAACAACAACAACAACUAUUGAUCAACCACAAAUAACACCGAUGGAAACUGAACAAAUUCCAUUAUCAUCUUCAAUAAUAACAUCAACUCAAUCACCACCACCACCACCACCACCACCACCACCACCACCACCACCACCAACAACAACAACACCAACACCAACACCAACACCAACACCAACAACAACAACAACAACAACAACACCAACACCACCACCACCACCAACAACAACAACAACAACAAGUACUGAAACUGAAAUAGCUAUUAAAGCAUUAUGUUCAUCUAUUCAAAUACCUCAACAAUCAUUAACUAAAACAUCUAAUCUAGAAAAAUCAUCACCAAUUAUAGCACCAAUAUCAAAAGAAACAUUACCUAUUGUUGAACAUCAACCAACAUCUAUAACAACAACUCCGAAAUUAUCUUCACAUGUUCCAAUUAAAUCAUCAUUAACAUCAACAUUUAAUGAAAAUGUUGAAGAAACAUUAAGUGCAGUAAAUAGUCUUCUUAUGCUUAAUAAUAAUCCUUCAAAUAUAUCCGGCGAUCAUCCAGCAAUAAAAGGUGCUGCACGUGUAACACCAACAAUAAGUACACCAGUUUAUUCAUAUGUAGCAUCAUUACCAAGUCCAACCGAUCAACAAACACGACAAUUAAUAACAUCAACAACAAGUAUUUCAACUAUUCCAACACAAAAAAGUGAUUUAAUAACAAUGGUAUCAAAUAUUGUUUCAUCAUCAAAUGUUACUGGAGAAAAACAACCACCAUCAGUACCAACAACAACAACAACAACACGAACACAUAUUGAAGAAGUUAUUGAUGAUGUUGCUAAAAGUUUAUCAACAACAACUAGUAUCAUAACAGAACCAACAACAUCUAUUGUUGAUACAAAUUCCUUAUCAUCAUCAACAUCUACUAGUACUAAUAAAUCAACAUCAAUACCAAAUAUAUUACGUGAUGUUAUGAAAACACCUUGUUUAACAUCAACAACAACACCAGCAACAAGUGAAACAUCAAAUUUAUUUGAUUCACAUUGUCAUUCGACAUCACCAUUAAAAACAACAACAACAACAACAACAGUAGCAGCAAAUAAUUCAACAACAACAACAACAAGUUCAUCGACAACUCCUGUUGUACCUGUUAUUAUUCGACCAACAGUAUCAAAAACAUCAAGUCAUAAACGUUCAUUAACACCUAAAACUGAACCAACACCAACAGUACCAUCACCAAUACUGCAUCAAUUUCCACAUAUGCUUACACCAGAUGGUAGUAUAUUUGCUGCAGCAGCAGCUGCUGCUCAUCAUCAAAAUUUUCCAUUUUCAUUAUUUGCACCAUUAUCAUCAAAUCCAACAGGAAAUUCAUCAUCAAAUUUACUUGCUUCAUCACUUGUUUCAAAUUCUCCACCAUUAUCUACACGAACAUCAUCAACAAGUAGUAGUAGUCCAAGUAGUCAUAUUACUAAUAAUCCAUAUAUUAAUACAAUUAUGACUGGACAACAAAAUUCAUCAUCAACAAAUUCAAACCCACAUACACAUGAAAAAGUAUCAAAACGAGAUUCUAUAACUACAAAAACUUCAGGUACAUUAUCAUCAUCAAAUCGUCCAACAUCUAUUCAACAAACAGUACCAGUACCGAUUGCAUUAUCUAUUCCAUCAUCAUCAACAUCAUCAUCAUCAUCAUCAUCAUCAUCAAAUGUAACAACAAAUACUAUUGUUAAUCAACAACAACAGCAAUCACCUUUAUUAAAUUCACUUGAUGCUGCUGCUUUGCGACAACAAACAUCACCAUUACAACAAUUUCUUGGACCAGAUUCUGUUGUACCAUUUCGUAAUGUUUAUGCUGAAGCAUCUGAACUUUAUGGUGCAUCAACAAGUCUUUAUUCAUCACAAAAUAUGGCAUAUGCUGCAGCUCAACAAAUGCUCAAUGUUAUUGGUAUGACUAGUAGUCAUCAUCCAUUUGCUGCUGCUGAAUUAUAUCCAAAUCCAGAAUCAUAUUUUCGUUUAAAUCCACCAACAAAUGAAUUAUCACGUGAUCCAUAUAAUGUUCAAUGGCAAGGAAAUUUAAUAUUAAAAAAUGAUCAAGCAUAUGUUAAAACUCAACUUGUUGCUGGUAGUCCACAAAUAGCACGUGCAUCAAUGAAUUAUUGGAAUUCAGAUUCAUUAACAACAUCAACAUCAAAUUUACAAACACCUUCACAUCAUAAUUUACGUAUAUCACAACGUAUGCGUUUAGAACAAGCACAACUUGAAGGUGUACAAAAACGUAUGCAAAUGGAUAAUGAUCAUUGUAUAUUAAUAGCUGAACCAAAUGGUUCAACACCAGAUGAAAUACGUAUACAACAAAAUAAUUUAAAAAAUGGUGUUAUACGAUAUUUUGAUGAAAAAAAAGCAGCCGGAAUUGUCAAUGUUUUAUUGCCCGGUGCAUCACAACCAGCUUAUGUUGUACAUAUAUUUCCACCAUGUCAAUUUGCAUCUGAAAUCUUACAAAAACGUGCACCGGAUACUUAUCGUUGUGUUGUUCAAAAUAAAAUUGAACAAAUUUAUUUGUUAAUUGUCAUAACGAGUACAGUUCAAUAG